CGCACCAGGUCUGGGGCUAGCCAAUAAACUAAUUUGUCCACCAAGUUAAGGAUUAGUGCUAGCAACUAAACAGAGUUUGUUUCAGAAAUAACGUCACCGUUAUUAUAUCACUCGUUUAUCAUAAUAACGGAACACGAGCUUUCUUAACUUGUUUGAUAACGAUAAGUAUACUAUUUGGCUGGCUAAAUGACCAAGUUGGUUAAUGGGUUUACAUGUAUUUCUAGGUUAGCAGCAAAACCUUUCAUUUUUAACGGUUUUAUCGGGUGGCAGAAUGAUGGAUGCCUUGGCAGUGGUGACCCAACUGCGGGAUCUAGCUUCCGAGCCUCAGAACCGUGAAGCUAUAGUUCAGGAUCAGGGUUGUCUUCCUGGUCUCGUCCUUUUUUUAGACCACAAAGACUCUAAUGUCCUCCUCGCCACUCUUCAAACCCUGCGGUAUCUGGCAGAAUUGACACAAAAUAUAAGCACCAUGAAGAAUGAACUGGGCAUGAUGGUGAGCCUGGAAAACCUGAUGGAGAAAGAGGGUUUGACGGAUGACAUAACUGUCCUGGCCAAAGAUGUGUACGACGUUCUGACCGGGCCAGUCAACACACAAACAUUCAGAACUCCAGCACAACAGCAAAGGAGAAACAAAUCCCAGUUCUUCAUCAACACCUCCAAUAAGAAGGCAAAAACAGUCACCUUACAAAUCGAGGGCCUAGAUGGGUCGGACCAGCGUGGGAUGUGUGAGGAGGCUUUACUGAAGGUCAAAGGGGUCAUCAGUUUCACAUUCCAGAUGGCCAUGAAGAGGUGCACCAUACGCAUUCGCUCCGACUUGCCCACUGAGAAUCUGGCCACUGCUAUUGCGUCAACUAAAAUCCUGCAGGCCCAGCAGGUAGUGAAGAAUGAUACUGGGGAGGAGGUCCUGAUCCCCCUCAGCAUGUCCAGCACCGCCAUCCAGGAGAACUCCCAGGUGCCCGACUACCUCCCCGAGGACGAGAGCCCGGAGAAGGAGCUGGACCGCGCUGUCUCUCGGACCGGCGCCAAGGAGGACGGCAGCGGGAGCUGGCUCAACACGGCGGCCAGCUUCCUCACCCGCUCCUUCUACUGGUAAAGGUCACAGGGGACUGUUCACGGCACUCGGAAAGCGACCAACCACUGCCUCUCAGGGGAAUGCUAACAACCGGAUGAACACGAACGCUUCUGUUUCCACGUCAACCUGCACACUGCUCCUACGCUCGGUGUGAGAAGGUGAUGGGGAGAUUGCAUCCCAGUCAGUGCUGCUUUCAACACUUCCAGAUUUGCGUCCUCCUUCUGGGUCGACGCCUCCCUGCUACAUGCUCUGCCGAGACCCUGGGUCAUUAUGGAGAUGGGGUUAGCCAGUGGGCUAAGCCAGUGCCUCAUUCAACACUGGUGUAACUCUUGCUUUCUCCUACAGGGUUGAUGCCCACUGUGUCUUUGGCAGAGGGCUCCAGAUCAUUACCAGAGCUGAUUAGUUAUUCAUCCUCAAAUUGGCCAUGCACCCUCAUGAACUAUUGCUAGCUAGAUGAUUAAUACAUGUGUGGUAGAUAGACCGAUCCAUAGAGGGUUUGUUGAUGCUGAUUCAUCCACUGAGUAACAUGGAAAUGUGGUUGCUUCUCACGGGGUACUUCUGCAAAGCUCUUUGUUUGUUUUCCAUGUUCAUAUUUGUUCAGUAUGUCUGUCUGUACUAUUUUCUGUCCUGUUUCCCUGUUGUAACUGUUUUUUUUUCCCCAGUUGACUUGUGUGUGUGUGUGUGUGUGUGUGUGUAUAUAUAUAUAUAUUCACAAAAACGGAAGUGCAUUUUACUCUGUAAAAAUAACUUGUUCAGUUUAGUGUGUUCAGGAACAAUAUGUUUGUGCUGGACAUUUUCUUGGCUCUGCAUACAAGUACAAAUGGGUUUUCUUGGACUAGAAUGACACGUACACUGUGGUUGAAAACAUAGGGGAAAUAAUUUGUGUAAAAAUGAUCCAAGUGCUACACUUGGUACAGUGAUUGACUGAAACAUUAGCCUGCUAUUUUAUGUCCAGCAAAUGUAUGGGCCAAUAAAACUGGAUCUAAUGUUA